CGCAGAGGAAAGGGGGGUUGAGAGACCAGAGACCAGUUCUGGAGACCAGAACUUGAUGUGAGAGCAGAAGCUAGACUUCUGGAUCCUGAUGCAGGGAAAGCAUGGAGAAAGAAACAGGAUAUUCAGACUCACAGGACACACAGACUCCUCCUGGGAUCCUCACCCCCGAGGCCAUUGGCUUCCUGUCGGCCGUCGGGGUCUUCGUGGUGGUCCUGGCCGUCCUUUUCCUCUUCAUCAAUAAGAAGUUGUGCUUCUCACGCGUCGGAGGGCUGCCCUGCCUGGAGCAACACGGUCGCAAGAAGGGCUCUCGUAGCCGGCCUGGGAUCCGCCAAGGGCUGGUGAACAGCUAUGGGGAUGACGAGGAUGACUCCAGCUCGUCUGACAGUGAGGAGGAGAUAGUGAAGCAGUUUGAGAUCUCAGUGUCGCGAUCCCAGAGCUUCCGCUGCACAGCCACCUCCGAGGCACUAUCCCAGCCUGCACCGUGUCAGCGGCCCUUCACCCGCCUGCUGUCGGACCAGGAAGAGGGUAGCACAGAGCCCUCCGACUUUGAAGAUAUGGAUGCCCAGAGCAGGCUAAGUUACCAGGACCCCCUGGAUUCCCAAGGUCCCAGAGUCCAGGACCCCCUGGACGCCCAGGGUCCCAGAGACCCGCUGUCUCAGCAGGGCGAGAGGCCUGGCUCCGUGCGCUCCCAGAUCGUGGACGAGGCUCUGGAUGGCCCCCUGGGGGAAGGCUCGGUGGGCAGGGGGGUCACAGAGGCCAGCCCGGCCCCCGGCAUGAGCCGACGGGACACGGAGGGAAGCCUGGAGAUGGAGACGGCCGUAGACGACCAGGAGAACAACGACACCACAGACAGCUCCUCCACAUGGAGCCCCGAGCAAGAGCAUCCCCCAGGGGAAGGGUCCUCUGCCGCCCCUGCAGCCCGCUCCCGCCCCCCAAUCCCCAAAUGCGGGGAUCUCAUCAUCGCCCUGGAGCACAAGGCAAACGCGGAGAAGCUGCUGGUGACCGUGGUGGUGGCCAGGGACAUCCCCGACAAGGAGCGCAGCGGGAUGGACUCCUGGCAGGUGCACGUGGUCCUCCUCCCAGCCAAGAAACAGCGGCAUAAAACCUCCGUCCAGAAGGGGGCGCUGCCCCACUUCAACGAAACCUUCCGCUUCUCCCGCGUGGAGCAGGCCGACCUGGCGGUGUCGGCCUUGAGGUUCCGACUGUACGCCCUGGGGGGGCGGAUGUCCCGGGAGAAGAUGAUGGGGGAGAGGGUGCUUCGUCUGGCGGGUUUGAACCCUGAAGGGGGCGUGACUGAGACCACUCUGGUGCUGGAGCCUCGCAGCAACAUGAAGAGUGUGGACUCUCAGCUGAGCCUGUCUGGGGUGUCCCAGAGCGACAGUGCGUCUUCGACUCAGUCUCUGACUCACGGGGGGGUCCCAGAGCUGCUGGUGGGCCUGACCUACAACGCCACUACAGGACGCAUGUCUGUGGAGCUCAUCAAGGGCAGCCACUUCCGCAACCUGGCCAUCAACAGGCCCCCCGACACGUACGGGAAGUUGACCCUGCUGAACUCGGUGGGCCAGGAGAUCUCUCGCUGCAAGACGUCGGUGCGCCGAGGCCAGCCCAACCCCGUCUACAAGGAGACGUUCGUCUUCCAGGUGGCUCUGUUCCAGCUGUCAGACGUCACCCUCAUGGUGUCCAUCUACAACCGGCGCAGCAUGAAGCGCAAGGAGAUGGUGGGCUGGAUCGCCCUGGGCCAGAACAGCAGCGGAGAAGAGGAACAGCUACACUGGCAGGACAUGAAGGAGGGUCGCGGCCAGCAGGUCUGCCGCUGGCACGUGCUUCUGGAGGCCUGACGACCAGGGCGGGGUCAGGAGAGGUGGACAGGGAAGAAUGUAGUCCCCACAACCCUGUUGGUUUACUCUCACACCUGUCUCUGGAUGUUACAGGGCUGUUGGUCUGCUCUCACACCUGUCUCUGGAUGCUACAGGGCUGUUGGUUUACUCUCACACCUGUCUCUGGAUGUUACAGGGCUCCAUCCUCUCAUUCGGCUGCCCCAGACGAUGGUUUACAUUAUCUGUGGGCGAAGUUUUGUAAAAACGGACAGAGCAAAGAAAUCAGAAGGACUGGCAGCUCAGCAGACCUUGCCCUCAUUUGACGAGAACAUCUGCCCUCCCUGACAGUCUGUGUAUCAGACGAGGGGCCCUGACGGCAAUGUGUGAGGCUCAGAAAGGAGUAGCCCAAGCGAUCAGGACUGCAGAUAGAGAGCUCUUUUGUGGCUUUGGACAAUCAUCAUCAGUCCAUUCCUACUAAGAGAGAUCAAACCAUUCAACAACGUCGAAAGUUGCUUACUUCAAGAGGAAAUAUGCGGAAGAGGAGGAUUUACAUGGAGACCUACAUGGAUAUUUUCAAAAACACCUGAUACUACAAGAGGAUCGCAGCUGCAUCCUCAAAAUCUCCCUGGAAAAGCUGAGGUAUCUGGAGGAUCCGGAGGCGUACCUGCGACGCUCGGUGCUCAUCAACAACCUCCUGAGAAAGAUCCACCAUGAGGAGGAGGAAAAGAAGCAAGGGGCUGGCACCAGGCCGCCCACAGGGAAGAGACUUCUCUACCCAGACAGGAAGCGGGUGAAGGUGGUGGUGGCAGACUGCUGUUCUCCAUCCUUUGGGCUGGAGGAGAUGCCACACUAUCACCUGGUGCCAUACCCCUCUUCAACCUGCCUAUACAGUCUAGGCACCUGCCCCAGCAUCACCCCCAACCACAGCCAUCAAGUUCUGAUCUAUAAACUGGAUGACAAUGGGUGACUGUUUUUUUAAAUGUUUUUUUAUUGCUUGAAUAGGAAGCUGCUCAUCAGUGCAGAGUGUGGUUUACUGUGAUUUAACCUUCAAUUUCACACAUAGAUGAACCGCAGCCUGAAGGCUUCCCCUUGUAAGAUUUUCCACAGGUUUGGUCAAGACAGUCGAAAUCAAGGUCUGUUGUCCUCAAAGGACGUUUUAUUACAGCUUCACUGCCUUUAUAUGCUGAUGUAGGAGACUCCAUGCAGAACUUUGUUUUUAUUGUCGAUGCUCAUUAAAAAUGAGCCUAUUCAGGGAAACUCACAGUACAAAUAAUGCAUCUUGCCUUGUUUCGGAAGGUUUGUAUCUGCUGGUAUGUUUCUUUUAUCAUCAGAUAUGUUCUUGUAUAUUUAUGGAAUAACAUGUGUUUCUCUAAAAUGUCCUAAUUCAGAGUGUCAUCACAAAACCCUCAAUUUUGAAACAUACAUAUGCAGAGGUACUGCCGGUGCAAUUUAGCUCUUUUGUGUGUGGUGUUUCGCUCUCUUCAUAACCCUUUGCUGCCCUCUGCUGGUCCAGAAGAAGAUUUGACCGCAUUAGAGAUGCUCAUCUCAUUCAUUAGUUACCAAGUUUGAACAGAUAUGUUUGAACCUCACAGGUGUUUUACUGAUUUAUUAACCUGUGUUAAGAAAAGGUUGCAAGUGUUGUUGCUCAGACUCUAAUUGCAUGCAGUGCGGUAGCUUUGAACUACCUUAUUUACCUUAUUUAUUUACCUUAUUUACAAAAGACUCAGUGCUCCUGUAAUGAUAACAUUACUAACCAGUUAUCAUGCAGGCUUGCAUGAUUGCCCAAAUCUCAUUUGGUAAAAAAAUAUGUUUGUUUAGGUUGGCAGAAGACAUGCUAUGUCAACGCUGACCCAACUGAAGUUUUAAUCUAAAUGAAAUCCUAGCUAGGAUGAAAAAUUGCUCUUUUUCUAUGUGGAUUCAAGAUUUUGUCUCAUUUUUCUGUAUUUGAGUGAAAUAUAUUCAGUGGGAGAAUUGUUUCUUUGUUGCAGAUUAAUGUGUAAUAACAAAGAUCCUUACUGUAAAAUAACCUUUUGAUCUAAAGGAAAAUAUUUUACAAGAAAUUAUAUUUUGAGAAAAAUGGGCAUGUCCCACAUACAUGGAUGUCUAUUUUGUCAAAACUGGAGAAGAUGGCACCGUUUAUCUUU